AUGCCCGAGCCCGAGCCUAUCCUACAAGAGGACAUGGACAAACUUACCAGCCAAAUCAAAGAGCUCGAGUUGGAAAACACUCAACUACGAGUCCAACUCAAUCGUGCCAAGGAACGUAACCAUGUCUUGGAGGAUAAGGGUAAGCAAAUCUGUGAAAAAUUUGAAGAUAGCAAGAAAAGGCUCCGAUUAGCCGAUGGACAAAGAGUUUGGGUUGGUGGAGCUCUACAAGGAGCUAAUUCUGAGCUAGACUUCCACAACAAGGAGUUGGAUCGAGCGUCCCGAGUCAUUAAGGACCUUGAAAAUACUGUCGAGAGGUCUAAUGCCAUGAAGAAAGAAGUGAGGGAAGAUUACGAGGCCCAGAUUCUUGAACUAAGGACCACUCUAAAAGAGUAUAAGGACUUUCUAGCCAAGGAACAACUAGAGAAAGAAAAGAUUCACUGA